AUGAUCUCGUCGUGCCCCAUCUGCGGCCACCAAGUCCUGACGGCCGAGCUCGAACGGCACGCGAACAGCCACUUCGAUGAUGAUGAGGUUCAGAGGGACAUGGAGUUGGCGCAGCUAGCCAUGGCCGCAGAAUUGAGCACUAGUACUGUUGUGGAUGUACCUCAACAUAGCAAGCGGCCGUUCCCUAAUGACGAUUCUCUUGCUCAAGGGGCCUCAUCAAGCAUCAUCAGAGGCCCAUCUCCUUAUGAAAAUGUACUGUAUGAACAAAUUACUUGCUUGGUCGGAGCACAGGUUCGAAGCGAAAUUCAACGAAUUGAAGCUGGCGUUAUGAACUUGUUGAGGAGCUGCCUUGAAUCGGAAGGCGGCUCAUCAACAAGUAUAAUAUCAGGCCAUGUUGACCAUCAUCAGAGUCUUUCAUCAGAAGACAAGGGAUGGGGAUGUGGGUGGAGAAAUAUCCAGAUGAUGAGCUCUCAUUUGUUGAGGCAAAGACCAGAGACGAGGGAGGUUCUGUUUGGCGGCUGUGGAUUUAUUCCUGACAUCCCUUCACUUCAGAGAUGGCUUGAGAUUGCUUGGGAUAAAGGUUUUGAUGCUGUUGGUGCAAGUCAUUUCGAUAGCAAAAUUUAUGGUGUCAAGAAGUGGAUAGGGACAUCAGAAUGUGUUACCCUCUUGCGCUCUUUUGGUGUGCGUGCAAGGAUUGUAGAUUUUGAUAGCACAGAAUCAUCGAGUCUGCAUGGUAAGAGCGGGAAACGAGUAUGUGGGCCCAUGGAUAAGUAUUUGAUCAAGACUAGUCCUCCUCCAAGAUCAUCGACUUGUGAACUUAGUCAAGAGGAUGCUGAAAACAUGAGAGGCCAGCAGGUCCUUGUCGACUGGGUAUGGAACUACUUUUCAAGCAAGCGUGCUGAUAUGUUGCACAAUUCAAAGAAUGUCAUCAUCAGCGAUAAAACCCCAUUGUAUUUCCAACAUCAAGGUCAUUCGAGGACUAUAGUUGGGAUUCAAAAGCAAAAGGGUAAUCGUGGAUCUCAAGACCGAUAUAACCUUUUGGUAUUAGACCCUCGCCAUAGAACAGCUGAUUUAGAGAGGUCUCUUACAACCAAAAAAGGAUGGCAGAGGCUAUUGAAAAGAGGUGUUCACACCCUCAGGAAACCACAAUAUCAGUUGUGCUAUGUGGAUCCUGGAAUUGCUAGUUCAGAAGAAACAGAGCAGCUCAAGACUAUUGACAGUAUCCUGAUCAGGUUCUAG